AUGAGCAAUCAAACUCAAAAACUUCAACCCGCAGCCCGAGUUCAGGGCCAGAAGAAAGAUGUCUGGUCCAUGAUCAAUGAGGCCGCUGCGUCUUCACCCAUCCAGCCUAUUGUGAACCUAGGCCAAGGAUUCUUUGGUUAUAAUCCUCCCAACUUUAUCCUCAACGCUGCCAAGGAGGCUUUGGACCGUGUUGAGUGUAAUCAGUAUGCACCUGCUAAGGGACGGCCCCGUUUGAGGCAGGCUUUGGCGGAUGCGUACUCUCCCGGUUGGGGACGUCAGUUGGAUCCUGAAACUGAGAUUAUUAUCACUACGGGUGCUAAUGAGGGCAUGCUGAGUGCCUUUAUGGGUUUUAUCGAACCCGGUGAUGAAGUUAUUGUCUUUGAGCCGUUCUUUGAUCAAUACAUCAGCAACAUUCAGAUGCCCGGCGGUAAGGUCGUUUAUGUGCCUCUGCAUCCUCCCAAGACUGGCGCUAUCAAGGACUCCUCGGCUGCAGACUGGACAAUCGACUUUGAGGAGCUCGAAAAAGCCUUCACACCCCGCACUAAGAUGAUUGUCAUCAACACUCCCCACAACCCCGUUGGCAAGGUCUUUUCCAAGGAUGAGCUACAAGGUAUUGCAGACCUUGCUGUCAAGAACCAGACCAUUAUUCUCUCCGAUGAAGUCUACGACAAACUCUACUAUGUGCCAUUUACUCGAAUCGCCAACCUUUCUCCUGAAGUGGAAAAGUUGACGCUCACCGUUGGAUCUGCUGGAAAGAACUUCUAUGCCACAGGCUGGCGUGUUGGCUGGUUGAUUGGACCCCAAGAACUUAUUCAGUAUGUGACUGCCGCCCACACACGAAUUUGCUUCUCCACGCCCGCCCCUUUCCAAGAAGCCUCGGCCAUCGGUUUUGAGCAGGCUGGCAAGAAUGGUUUCUGGAAGGAGACGAUCGAGGAGAUGAAGGGUAAGAUAGACCGCCUCAAGGAGGUUUUUGAGGAGCUGAAAUUGCCGGUGACCUACCCUGAGGGUGGUUACUUUCUUCUCGUUAACAUGGCCAAGGUCAAGCUGCCGGAAGACUACCCCUUUCCUCCUCAUGUAGCCAGCCGCCCACGAGACUUUAAGCUGGCGUGGUUCUUGAUCCAGGAGAUUGGUGUUGCGGCCAUCCCACCGACAGAGUUCUAUACUCCGGGUAAUGCGCACUUGGCAGAGGAUUAUAUCCGAUUUGCUGUGUGUAAGAAUGAUGAUGUUUUGGAGCAGGCCAAGGAGCGGCUAAGGGGGCUGAAGAAGUAUAUUGAAGAAUAG